ACUCUCCACAAUUAUCCAGCUGCCUGGCAGGAACAUGGUUUUGAGGACUUGGGGCAUCCUGGAAGUAAGCUCUUAAUGUCUCUUGCCUUGAAAGAAGAAACAGUGCCAAUGUGGCAAGAGCUUAUGGCCUGCAAUUUCCUGGUCCCCCAGCAGGUCAGGCGUGGCUGUUGCUUGGAGUAGGAACCAGGCGCAGGCUCUUCCCCCAGUGCCCACUCUGGCAAGUCACAGCAGCAGCCAAAGCUGAAAGUGUUUUGGGUUCGAGGCAUCGGGACCAUGUUCCGCAGAUAUGGGAAAUGUGCCAAAUGUCCCUCCCGCUCUAGCUGCAUCCCCGAGCUUGCUGUGACUGCCGAGAGGCACAGGAGCAGCACAGAGCGGGAUCCCUCCCUGAGCCGAGGUCCACAGCGAUGCCCUGACUCCCAGACUAGGCAGAGGCUUAGGGGGAACCUCCCCGUCCUCCUGUGUCCUCUGUGCCUGAGACUCGCUGAGGCUUAACCUUCCCCCUCUGCUUUUUGGCAGUGCCGUCAAAGCCUGGAGAAGACCACCAGAGCAAGAUAAAUCGGGCUUAUGAACCGGGCUCAGGUACGGAGCAGUCUUGCUGGGGUCCCCAAGUGGGAGACACAUCCUGAAACCUGGGAGGUGCUGCAGGCGGUGCCUGUGCUGGAGAAAAGGCACUAGGGGGAGGGCAAGGCUUCAGUGCCACUUGAGGAGGCCUGAGUCUGUCCCCUGGGGUGUGGGAACUGUCUCACGGGGAGGGAGAGCUGGGGUGGCACUGCCUGCUGCAGGGACGGUUUCUGUCCGUGUCACUCAAAGGCUCAAGCAGCUGUGCCCCCCCUGUGCUCCCCUUCUGGCCUUCUGGGUUUGGUUGGGUGGGACACCCUGCCCCAAAGGGUGGGAACGUGCCUCCAGGCACCAGUACGGGGGGGAAAGAGAGAAUGUCCUGGCCGGAUCAAUCGUGCUGCACGCUUACCAGUGGUGCGCAGGACGGGCUAACGUUCCUGAUUGCUCCUGCAGAUAAUGUCAUCGAGAGAACCACAGAGCUUUACAAUCCCCUGAGCCCCUCAGCUGUUUCCAGUCCCAGAGAUCCUGGAAAGUUGUACACUAUAGGUGCAGUAGCGGCUGUUGUUUCUCUGCAAGUUACAAUUGUGUUGGGCUAUGUCGUGGUCUGGUGGCGAAGGAAGAAGAAAGCGCCCGUCGCUGGAGCUUCAGCUGACCAGCUGGAAAACGGCAGCUGCCCCUCACGCCCGGACAGCCAGUGCAGCUGCCCCUCGCGCCCGGGCAGCCAGUGCAGCUGCCCCUCACGCCCGGACAGCCAGUGCAGCUGCCCCUCGCUCCCGGAGAGCCAGUGCAGCUGCCCCUCGCGCCCGGGCAGCCAGUGCAGCUGCCCCUCGCGCCCGGACAGCCCGAGCAGCUGCCCCUCUCGCCCGGACAGCCCGAGCAGCUGCCCAUGGUGCUCGGACAGCCAGUGCAGCUGCCCCUCGUGCCCCGACAGCCCGAUCAGCUGGCACUCGUAUCUGGACAGCCAGAGCAGCUGCCCCUCACGCCCGGACAGCCAGAGCAGCUGCCCCUCGUGCCCGGACAGCUGGACACAACAGGAGCCUCUCCCAUCUUGAUGAGCAGAGAACCAGGCCUCCCCACGGCCCCCAUGCCAUCUGAGCCCAUCCCCGGCCAGCCUGCAGCAGAGCAGACAGAGCAGCGCUGUUCAGCCCAUGACGGACGAGCACUUCCCCCUGCGCCUCCCAAGCCCAUUUCUGGCCCCCAGGCAGCAGAGGAAACAGCCCAGGACUCUCCAGCACCCGACCAAAACGCAACGGCCCCGACGCCCACCAAGCGCUCACCCAGCUGCCCUGGAGCGCAGGAGACAGUCCAGCAGCCUCCAGCCCCAGGACCAACCGCAGUCGCCCUCACACCCCCCGAGCAGAUUACCGUCCACCCUGCAGCAGCAAGACUAGGACAGUGUCCAACGGCCCCAGCACCAACCACACAGGCCCCCAAGCCCUCCGAGACCGCUGCUCCAGCCGCACAGCAGGGGCUGAAGGCAGCCACACCAGGGUAGGAGCUGGGGCGCACUGACAGAGCCCCAACCGACGGCUUCGGGGCUCAGCCGCUGCCCGCCAAAGACAGUGUGACACAGGGCUGUCACACAAGUGUCCAGGGGGUACCAACAGCAAACCAAGCUAGGCACCAGCACCGGCUGGGCUCCACGCCUGGGCGCAGCCGUGGAUGCCCACUGUGUCGGCAGGCAGGAGCUGGGCACGGGCGCGUGGGGAAAGCCCCAAUGGCGGCACUAUGUGCUCUGCUCCACAGCUCAUCCCUGACUGCCAGCCUGCUGCAAACAGGUCAUUAGCCUGAGGGGCAGGUCCUGCCCCUUUCUCCUACAACGCAAGGCACCCUCUGAUGCCAUCCGGGCUGCUCCUGAAGUGAUUAAAGAGCUGGGAGAGCGGGAAGCGUGGUCAGGUCUCCUUCUCAAUACAGUUCUCCUGCGUCGCCUGCAGAGAAGCCUCAUGGCAAGUGGUGACUAGCGGUAGAUGACAGAGCCCUGAGCACCGCCGCUGAACAGCGCCCUGCGGCUGCUCCCGGUCCGAGUGGUAGAGUCCCUUGUGUCAACGAAGAAGCCCUGCCAGGAGUGGUGACAGUAGCUGGGAAGGAUAGGUGGUGUUGGCUCCCCGUGUCGGGGACAGAUAGGGAGAGGUCUCCUUUCACCAGGCGGGGACUGCCGUUUACAUGGACCGCCUGACCACAGUGUUUUGAACAUUGUCCUGCCAUUGCUCCUGCUCCACCAGCUGCAGAGCUGGAAGCAUCCACAUUAGCGCAGAGGUCGCUGUGAUGCAGUUACUGUGUCUUCCAGUCCAGGACAGCCCGAGCCGGGGAGUUUUGAUGUUAUGCCCAGAGCGAGAUAAAGAAGCAAAUGAGGUCAAAUGCUGCCAAUCAAGGAAGUUUAUAGGAUCAAAGUGUUGACAAGCAAAUAGCGAUAGUAAAGGGAAGGAAGGCUAGAAGAGGAGGAAACCUAGCAAGCAGUCGGGACAGAGUCGCAAGAGAUAGUCACCACCAUGGAUCCAGCAGCGUCCUGUUGGUCUGUAGUUUCCCUGUCCGUCGGUGAUGGUUUCAGCUGGGAUAGACUUAAUUUUCUUCUUAGUAGUUAGUGCACCGCGGUGGUUUGGCUCUGAUGUGAGAACAAUGUUGAUAGCACACUGAUGUUUUUAGUUGUUGCUGCGUGAUGUUUAUACUAAGUCAAGGACUUUUUGGUUUCUUGGGCCCUGCCAGUGAGAGGGCUGAGGGGACACAGCCAGGACAACUGACCCAAGCUGGCCAAAGAGGUAUUCCAUACCAUACGACAUCAUGCUGAGUAUAUAAACUGGGGAAAGAAGAAGGAAGGAGGGGACAUUUGGCAUUGUGGUGUUUGUCUUCCCAAGUAACUGUUAUGCGUGAUGGAGCCCUGAUUUCCUGGGAAUGGUCAAACACCUGCCUGCCCAUGGGAAGUAGUGAAUGAAUUCCUUGCUUUGUUUUGUUUACGUGCAGAGCUUUUGCUUUACCUAUUAAAUUGUUCUUAUCUCAA